CCAUCUGAUUCGACCUCCUAAAAACGUGCAGUCUCUCUCUCCUUCUUUUCCCAUUCCUACUUUCUUUCUCUCUCUAGUCCUUUCCGGCUCUCUUUUUUAAGGCUUUCUCUCUCUAAGCCCUUUCUCGCAGGCCUCCACCUGCUCGCUGUUUUCGGCCCAUCUCUAUCCAUACCCCAACAAAAACUCCAUUUCAGAAUUAAAAAACACAGGAGCUUUUGUGGCCAUCCCUCUCUACAUUUAUAUAAGCCCUCUCAAGAGCGAGAAACAAUGGACUCUCUACGAAAAUCCUUCAAUAAAUCGUCAUACAAGCAACUGGACAAGUCCGCCAUUGAAGAACUAUCGGAAACUCACCCCAUGAAACCAGAGGACAAGAGAGAGGUGGUCGUCAAUGUUGAUGGUUCAUCCCAAACCAAUGGUACCAAUCUAUGGCGAGAGUCGAGCUAUGAUUUUUGGCCUGAUAAACAGCAGCAACAAAGCAAAACCAGCCAUGGCAGCCGUGGCCGUGGUGCCGAAGGCUUCGAGUUUCAGAUGCAAGACUCAGGAUCACCACCAACCAAGCUUAUCAACCAGUUUCUUCACAAACAGCAGGCGUCUGGUGAGAUUUCUCUUGAUAUGGACCUCGAUAUGGACGAGCUCCAGUUUUCGCCGGAGUUGCAGGUUUCUGGUGUGCAGAAAACUGAAAAUCCAGCGAUUCACCUUCCUCCACUGAUGGAAACGAGGCAAACAUCUUUUCCCAAGUCCUCCAUUUCAAGAGAAUCGAAAGUUUCUUUCGAGAUUGCAGGACAAGUUGCAGAAGCAAGAAGGAGAUACUCUCAUAGCCAUGGAUCAGAUGAAGAUGGAGGCUCUGAUACCUCUGGUUCUGGAAAAUCAGGUGAGGUUCUCAAGUGUUCUUCUCGUUCCACGUCGAUUCCUCGAAACUCUAGCUUGUUAAGGACCAAGACUAAGUCCAGGCUUAUUGACCCACCAUUUCCUAGUGAGGCUCAACCUAUGAAAUCAGGCCACACGCCAAAAUCCGGCCAAAUGGGGGGGAAAUCAGGCAUGUUAAAUAGGCUUCAUGAUGAAGAAGAAGAGGACCCAUUUUCAGAUGAGGAUUUACCUGAUGAAUUUAGGAGAGGAAACCUCGAUGCGAUGACUGUGAUUCAAUGGGUGAGCCUUUUUGUAAUAUUGGGUGCUUUUAUUUGUAGCUUAACCAUCCCUGCUUUGAGUAAACAAAAUGUUUGGGACCUUCAUCUAUGGAAAUGGGUGCUCAUGGUUUUGGUUUUGAUAUGUGGUCGACUUGUUUCGGGUUGGGGUAUCCGCAUUGCUGUGUUUUUUAUUGAAAGGAACUUUCUUCUUCGAAAGCGGGUUCUUUACUUUGUCUACGGAGUUCGAAAGGCUGUUCAGAAUUGCCUCUGGCUGGGCCUCGUCUUGAUAGCAUGGCAUUAUAUCUUUGAUAAGAAGGUAGAAAGAGAAACAAGCUCGAAAAUCCUGCCUUAUGUAAGCAAAGUCCUGGUAUGCCUCUUGGUGGGUACCCUGAUAUGGCUUGUUAAGAUCCUAUUGGUGAAAAGUUUGGCUUCCUCCUUCCAUGUGAGCACCUAUUUCGAUCGAAUUCAAGACUCUCUCUUCAACCAAUACGCGAUCGAGACCCUUUCAGGCCCGCCAUCGAUAGAGAUUCAGCAGGUUGAAGAAGAGAGAGAAAAAGUUAUGGCUGAGGUGAGAAAGUUUGAGAAUGCAGGGAACAAGGUGCCCCCAAUCGCUGGUUUAUCGAGCAAGAGCGUUAAGGUUCUUCAUAAGAGCAGGGUAUUUGAUAGAAGCCCUAAAGUUUCAGGGGCCAUCUCUGGUAGAAAAGAAUUCAGUAAGCAACAGGAUGAAGUGAUAACCAUAGACCACCUCCAUAAACUGAACCAGAAUAAUAUUUCAGCUUGGAAUAUGAAGAGAUUGAUGAAUAUAGUCAGAAAUGGGGCUCUCUCUACUCUUGAUGAGUCAGCUCAGAAUGCAAGCUCAGAGGAUGAAUCUUCGAUGCACAUUCGAAGCGAGUAUGAAGCUAAGGCAGCUGCUAAGAAGAUAUUUAACAAUGUUGCCAAGCGAGGAGCCAAGUAUUUUGACUUGGUUGAUCUGUUGCGUUUCAUGAGAGAGGAUGAAGCCCAGAAGACCAUGAGCUUGUUUGAAGGAACUAAAGAGACCAAGAGAGUCAGUAAAAUGGCUCUCAGAAACUGGGUGGUGCAUGCAUUCAGGGAAAGGAGACAUCUUUCAUUAACUCUGAAUGAUACAAAGACAGCAGUAAACAAGCUUCACCAGAUGGUGAACGUUGUGGUGUGCAUAAUCGUCUUAGUGAUUUGGCUUCUUAUACUGGGAAUUGCUACCACCCAUCUCCUGGUUUUCAUAAGCUCCCAGCUCUUGUUGGUGGUCUUUAUCUUCGGAAAUUCUUGCAAGAUGGUCUUUGAAGCCAUCAUCUUCUUGUUUGUUAUGCAUCCAUUUGAUGUCGGUGAUAGAUGUGAAAUUGAUUCAGUUCAGAUGAUUGUCGAGGAGAUGAAUAUCUUAACUACAGUGUUCCUGAGAUACGAUAACCAGAAGAUCACAUAUCCGAACACUGUGCUCGCUACUCUACCAAUAAGCAAUUACUAUAGGAGCCCAGACAUGGGUGAUACCGUGGAAUUCAGUAUACAUCUUGCAACUCCAAUGGAGAAGAUAGCUUUGUUGAAAGAAAGAAUUAAAGGGUAUAUAGAAAGCAAGCCGGAUCACUGGUACGAGAAUCCUACAGUAGUGUUGAAGGAUGUGGAGAACAUGAACAAGAUCAAAUUAGCAGUUUGGUUACAGCACAAGAUGAACCACCAAGAGAUGGGAGAACGAUGGGUGAGGAGAGCCCAAUUUGUCGAAGAAAUGAUAAGGAUUUGCAGAGACCUCGAGAUCGAAUAUAGGAUGCUCCCUGUGGAUGUCAAUCUCAGGCCCAUGCCACAAAUAACAUCUACUAGGCUUCCGUCAACAUGGACUACAUCAGCCUGAAUUUCGGUAAAACAAACGGAAGCUGGAAAUACAUCUGUCUCUCUCUCUUCGUGGCUCGCCUGAAGAUAACUGAAGAGAGAUGUGUGUUCUUUCCGAUAUGGCUGCAUAGAAUUGCUAUAGAGUGAGUAGGUAAACAGGAAAAAUUAUUUUUUGUUUUAUAGAGAAGGUUUGAUACUUGGGUGCGUAGAAUUGCUAUAGAGUUUGGAUAUUCAGAGGUUGCCAAUAAGAAAUAGGAAUUUUUUGAUGU